GGAGAGUCGAGCCGGUUGUGUCGCUCUCGUCUAUUUUUCUUUCGUUUUACAGAGAACAACAGUAAUGGAACAUUAUGGCCUGCACUGUCACUCGACCAACAUGAAUCGUUAAUAUUUGAUACAGACGAUGUCAGAAGAGUUUUGCACCAUGUAAAUGUGAGAAAAGCGGCUGGUCCUGAUGGUAUUCCUGGGCGUGUACUUCGGGAAUGCGCCGACCAGCUAUCAGAGGUGUUUACCAGCAUCUUUAACCUCUCGUUGAACUGUGCUGUUGUUCCUAAGUGUCUUAAAACAACAACAAUUGUGCCCAUCCCCAAACAACAAAAGGUGAAGUAAGAAGAAUAAGGUGGCAUGUAAAGAGGAGCAACUCCAAGCAAAACACUGAAGCCCACCACAUACUAUUGGGGAAAAAAUUAUGUCUGUUAAAGAGGAGAGUGAAGACUUCAGUUAUCCAGAGCCAUGGAUAAUUACAUAUGAAGAUACUGAGGAACAAAGAGAUUUGAUGGAGGUAAAAGAGGAAAGUCAAGGGCUGAAGGACUUCGAGGAGAUACAUCAGUGUGAUAUAUCUGAUAAUCUCAGAACUGAUGAAAAAUCCAGUUGCUCACAGACCGAAAAUGAUUUCUCACAGAAAAGCUCUCAAAAAGACCAAAAUUAUUGUGCCUGCUCUGAGUGUGGAAAGAGUUUCACAAAGAGACAAUACCUUAGGUGUCACAUGAGAAUUCACACUGGAGAGAAGAAGUCUUUCAUCUGCCAUCAGUGUGGAAAGAGUUUCACACUAAAAGGAAGUCUUGAUAAGCACCUGAUAAUUCACACUGGAGAGAAGCCUUUCACAUGCCCUCAAUGUGGAAAGAGUUUCACACAAAAAGGAAGCCUUAAUAGGCACCUGAGUCUUCACUCUGGACAGAAGCCUUUUACAUGCCAUCAAUGUGGAAAGAGAUUCACACAAGAAGUAAACCUUAAGAGUCACAUGAGAAUUCAUACUGGAGACAGGCCUUUCACAUGUCUACAGUGUGGAAAGAGUUUCAUCCAAGCAAGCCAUCUCACAACUCAUCUGCAAUUUCACUCUGGAUUAAGGCCAUUUAACUGUGAUCAAUGUGGCAAAACAUUUGUACUGGCAUCAUAUCUAAAAGCACACCUUACAAUUCAUACAAAUGAGAAGACUUAUGUGUGUUCUUUGUGUGGAAAGAGUUUCAUUAGUCAAGGAAACCUGAAAACCCACGAGAGAGUGCAUACUGGAGAGAAGCCACACCACUGCAUAUCAUGUGGGAAGAGUUUCACACGGUCAAUUAGUUUACGAAUGCAUUUAGAAAAGCUUUGUCCAAUGCUGUCAAAGUGAGCACAGUUUAUCUUUAAGGUCAUCACUCUGUUUUAUGCAACACAACUCUGUUUUAAUGUAACAUC